AUGACCCCCUUCAAACUGCUCUACACCCCACUUACUGUAUUUCAAAAAGUUAUCAAGUUAAUGGAGAUUUUAGAGAUGUAUAUUAGAGUGAAAGGACACGAGGCACCUCUUACGAAUGGUGACAUGUCAAACCUAUUGGAAUCACUCAAACCGUCAUUCCAGAUUUCUAUCGAAUGUGCUUUAGAUAAAAGGUUUUCGGAGGAAACCAUUCUCAACCUACCAAGAGUUAUGAUUUGGCAUGCAGAACGGAUCACGUAUUACGAUUUAUUGAAUAUGGAAUGCGAAGUGGCUGAAUUUGAGAAUCAUCUAUUUACAGAGGAAGACGUCAAGAAGUUUAUAAACCAUUGGUUGGCUGGAAAUAAUCCAAAACUGAUUCGACUCAGACUCGGAAACUUCGAGUCACUGCCAGAUUGGGAGAACAUUUUGGAGGGGGUAGAAUACGAAAAGUGGGAUGGAAGGAGACGACCAGAAAGUUACGAGUAA